AUGUCGAUACAGAUUGAGAUGUACGCAGUAUUAUUACGACGUUCAACGUACACCGCCACUUUUGUCUGGGACCGGCCUUGUUCUGUACCUAUCGAAGAGAAAUAUGUGUAUUUCCUGCAUCGUAACCGCAGACAAGUGGACGUCCAGACCGACAUUUCCAAUAAAUGGCCUGAUCGUGGCCUCGGCCAUGCGCAAGAAGCGCACGCGGCAGACGAACAAGGUAGUACAGGCGGCUCGCGAGAUGAACGGACGAGAGAAAAGGACGAGAAGUCAGAGAAAACAUGA